AUGAGUCGGCGAAGGAAACACGGGGACAGCCCUGGCCUGAAGCAAACGCCGCGCAAAGGGAUAGCGACUGAAGAAUGCCGUUCGGUGGUUGACUCGGGAAAGAGGAGGCUGAGGGCGGCCCGCGGCUCGGGACCUCAAGGGCCAGGAGAGAGGGCUCCCCGGCCCUUGCCUCAGCAAGAGCAGCCUCCAGUAGCCGCUUCGUGCAGUAAAAGUAAUCCCGAGGAAAGAUAUGAGACACCAAAGAGAAUGCUGCAAAUGGAUUUAUUGUCAUCUGCCUUCAGUUCUCCUAAUGAUCCAGAUGGACAGAAUGAUAUCUUUUGGGAUCAAAAUUCUCCAAUGACAAAACAGCUAGGUAAAGGAAGAAAAAAGCAGCUUUACACCACAGAUAGUGAUGAGAUCUCACAUAUUGUUAAUCGUAUUGCUCCUCAGGAUGAGAAACCAACAACAGACUCCAUGCUGGGCAUGUGGAUUGGUGACACUGCUAUUCCUUGCACUCCUAGUGUAGCAAAAGGAAAAUCAAGAGCAAAACUCAGCUGCACAAAGUUAAAAUCACAAAAUCAAGAGGAAGAACUUAUGAAAUUAGCUAAGCAAUUUGAUAAAAAUAUGGAAGAGCUGGAUGUGAUUCAAGAGCAAGACAAGAGAGAUCAUGAUCUUAUCCAGAUGAUUUCAGAAGCAGAGACUUCACAUAAUUACAGAGAUGGUGUACAGAUGCAGUUACUGUGUGAUAUAGUUCCUGAAAUAGAUAAGGCUAUAAUAAAGAAGCCAGUGAAAGAGAACACCAAGAUAUCUGUGGUAAAUGAUCAAACCAGCAGUCAGAAGCCAUUUGACCAAAAUGCUGAAGCAGCCUUUAUUGCCAUGUUUGAUGGUUCUACUCAGAAGUGUAGUGGACAGUUAAGCCAAGAUUUGUCAGAUGCUUUCUUGAAAACCAGUAAUACUACCUUUGGAAAGAAAAACACUUUGAAAGAGGAGAAAAUCAUUACUAAUGAAACUGUGGUCGCUGAAAAUCUGCCAAGUAAAACCCUAGGAUCACUUUCUCAUCAAGUCGAUAAUCCUGGAAUGACAAAAUCAUAUGUGACUUUCUGUACUAAGGAACCAGGAACUUUUAAUAAGCACAUGGAUACUUUUACUACCAGUGAUUUUGAGGAUGAUUGGGAAAACUUACUAAGUAAUGAACCUUUUGUUAUGCAGAAUAUUGAAAUGUCUGAGCUGUUCCCUGCUCCUAAAACAGUCCAAAUUGCUGAUCACAAGGAAAUUUGUUCCUUUAACAGUAAAGAGGAUAAAAGUAAGUCAGGAAUGAAUACAAAUCUAGAUGCCAAGUUAAAAGAUUCAAAAAGUUUACAAGGUCUUCCUUCAAAUACAUGGAACAGUGAAUUAACAGAUGCUGAAAAAUAUAGAUUUUCACCAAAGCCAAAUGAUAAACCAAAUAAAUUAUCAGCCACUGGAAAUAAAAUGAAAUUGGAUAAAUCUUUGAAUAUAGUUGAUCAAGACAAAAUUCAAGACUCUGCUGUUGCAUCUAAUCUGGCAAAAGUAAAUGAAAAUACUCAUACUAAAUUUAAUUCUAAAGUAAAUGCUUCUGAAAAGAAAUCUGCUUUGAAACCAGGAUGUUCUAAUAAGUUCAUUUUUAAUCAGUCUUUGAAAGUGCCUGCUAAUGUCCAGCCUUUCAGCUCAACAACUUUGGACAAUACAACCAGCGUUUGUAACGCAAAUCAGACUGAUGGAUCAAAGUUAGGUUCUUUCUUUGAUGAUUGGAAUGAUCCAUCAUUUACCAAUGAAAUUGUUAAAGCGUGUUAUCAGUUAGAGAGUAGCUGGGAAGCAGAUGAUGUAGAUGAUGAUAUAUUAUACCAGGCAUGUGAUGAUAUUGAAAGACUAACUCAGGAGCAAGAUAUUGGAGUCGACAGCAAGACAUCAGAAAGUGUACUUGGGAUCAAUAAUAGUUCUAAACAUGGAGCCAAAAACAUGUUUACUACACCUAAACAAGGAAGUCAAUUGAUGCAGUCAGAGCUCCUGAAUCUGGACAGCAUUUCAGCACAGACAUCUUCAUUGACAAAUAGCUUACAAAUAAAUAAAUCAGUGAAGAUGGAGAGGGAAAUGUAUGGAAAUUCUCCGGGUUUUUUAGGUGCCACGACAAAUUUGAGUAUAUACUCUAAGAACUUAGACUGUCAGAUCAAUAAUCUGCAUGUCUCUUGGAACAACACUGAUGUACCAAAACAAGUGAAUAGUUCUAAAUCGGUUCUUACAGAAAGUUCAGGUUUGAAUGUGAGUUCACAUCAUAUGAGUACAGAAAUUGCUGCUUCUAAGAAGAGAUUGAGUACCCUACAUCUAUCCAGUAGCACCAUAACAGGUGAAACUCAGAGAAAGUUUAACAGAGCAGCUAGAUUGUCUAGGUAUAUGCUUGAAAGGAUGAAAAAUUGUCCGAUGCUUUCCCCGUUUAAUAACAGUUAUGUAACAGAAAGUACUUCUGAUACCAGCAUCACACAGGGUUUGGAGAAAAAUAAAGCUGUCAACCCAUUAUCUGGGAAGGCUGUUCAACAGCAGUCUUCAGUGAAAUUUUCUGAACCUUUGAGACAGCCUUCAAAAGAAGAAGAAGAGAAAAAUAGAAAGUAUUCUCCGGAAGAAAUUCAGAGAAAAAGACAAGCAGCGCUGGUUCGAAGAAUGGCCAAAGCUCAGGCAUCAUCUGUAAAGAAAGACAGCUCCCACUUAACUUGA